GCCUUCCCUCGCCCAGCCAACACGCUGCCUGGCUUCCCUCCUGACGAUCACUCCGGCGGCUUCCAGAUAUGCAGAUCAGCACGGUUGUGGCGAUGGCGCUCCUGGUCGGCUCGGGAACGGCCUGCUUCAUCACCAACUGCCCCCCAGGUGGCAAGCGGUCCUCUCCUUCGGCACAGCUGGGUAGUGUUCGCACGUGCGCACAGUGCGGCCCGGGACUGCAAGGCCGCUGCAUGGGCCCCGACAUCUGCUGCGGACCUGAAAUCGGCUGCUACAUGGGGACCCGCGAGGCCUUCCUGUGCCGCAGCGAAAACCUGGUACCUGUGACCUGUAGGAACGACGACCUGAAGGCAUGCGGGCGGCAGCGUGAAGGGCGCUGUGCCUCCUCCGGCGUGUGCUGCACCGAAGUGAAAUGUGAAUUCGACAUGAACUGCGUGAUCGAGGGCGUGGACAGACACCGGUACUCCCUGCUAGACACUCUAACCGACGCCCAGUGGAUCUGAUCUGGCCUCUUUGACCUCAGCUUAUCAGGUCAACCCAGGCUACCCACGUCAGAGUGCCGGAAAGCGUGAAAUCUCCUUAUAGUGUUUGUUCGUACGUGUCAUUGACAAUUAUCAUUUAUUUCAUUUCUUUUCCAACUCGGUCCUUACAGCACACACUGUUAUAAAAAUCCACCUGCCACGAGAAGAUGGUCAAUAAAGCAUACCAUGUUGUCCUCCCUUAGGUGUACAUGUCAACGACGAAGCUCAGAAACAUGACUCAUUAGUGUUAGAUUCUAAGGUUGUUCA